UUCCAAAACGCAAGACGUCAUCUAAAAUCAAAACACUACAAUCCAAUUCGAUUUUGGUAUUACAAUAAAAUAAAUACGUAUAUAAUAUUAGUUAAUUAGGUAUAUAUUAUUAGGAAGUUGGGACUCUACGGCAAUUUUUAAAAUGCCACAGAGUGAUAGUGAAGAUUUUGAGAGUGCAGACGAGGGACAUUCAAAUGCUACUAGAAAAGAAAGAAAAAAACGCAAUUCUUCCUCCAACUACAGUGAUAAUUUGGAUUCCGACUUUGAACAACGAAGGCCUCAACCUAAAGAGUCAAAUUCUACGGAAAAAGUUGCAACAACAGAUGGUUGGGAUGAUUUUGAUGUAGACGAGUCUGAAACAGCCAAAGAAACACAUUUAAAGUUUGGAGAUGAUAAACCUAUAAUGAGUUCAUCUCAAGAUACUGGUUGGAAUGAUUUUGGUGACUGGGGUGAAAGUGAUACUGUUAAAAGUGAGGAGAUUAAACAAAAUACAACUUUAGAGCUUAGUAAUAAUGCACAAAUACAGAACCCGUCUGUAACAACUAAAGAAACAGAAAAACAAAUUAAAAGUGAUGGAUGGGGGUGGGGUUGGGGCGUUGAUUCGCUUCUUAGCACAGCCACCGCAGGAAUUAGCACAAUAACAAGUCAAGUUUCACAGGGUAUUACAACUGUCCUAGAAACAGGUAUUGGUGCCCCAAAUCCAGAAGAAUUAGCUCGAAUUACUAAAGAAAAGGCAAAGAUUACAGAGAAUGAGGUUUCAGAAGAUAAGCAAGAAAUGACUGAUUCAACCUUUCAGUUUGGGAGUCUUUUAUCUGGUGUUACUAAAUUUGUUGAGAAUACUGGUACAAAAGUUAUCUCAGGUGGUCUUGAUACCCUAGAGGUUAUUGGUAAAAAAACAAUGGAGGUACUUCAAGAUGGAGACCCCGGAUUGGUCAAGAAACGGGCAAUGCUUGGUCUUGAAACUGAGAAGCCAAUACUCUCCCAAAUUCUAAGAGAGGCGAAGGAAAGGGCAGACGAGGAAGACAAAGUGAAAGAAGCCAAGCGGGAAGCGAAGGAGGUCCAUUAUGAGUCGCUGUUUGAUGAUUUCGAAGGUCUGGUUCACUUAGAAGCACUAGAAAUGCUCUCGCGUCAGGUGAGCAUGCGCAUAGAGGAACGCCUGCGCAGCUCCGACCCCGAGAAGAGACUGGAUAUCAAAGAAACAUUACAGCAAGUUGCAGAACUCUGUGAGAUGCCAGAGGAUGAUGAGGAUGAUGAUUAUGAGGAGUCCGGUGAUCUGUCGAAGGAGGAUGUGUUCCACGAACAUUUGCAGAGGGCAACGAGGGAUAUCGGUCUGAAAUUGCAGUUCCAACCACUUAUAAAACAAUAUACAGAGAUCUUAACCUGGCUGGAAUCCAAUGACCUAAACGAAAAGGCGAUUUAUAAACGCGCCGUUAGCGGACUUGCGCAUGCGACAGCGUUGUGCGUGGAGUUGUAUCACAAAACUGGGGAAAUGUUGCUGGUGAAGCCAAGAAGAUCUACCGCUGACGAGGCUGACGCUUUGACGCAAUUAACCCUAGUUUUAACAAAACACGUCAGCGAGUUGGCGUCAAUAUUUACCGAAGAGUUAAGCAAGAAGCAAGCGGAAGAUAAGGACCUCGUUAACAACUAUAUAACCAAUGUUUUUUUGGAGGCCGGAAACAGUUCAAAGUACAUACAAAACGCCUUCCAGUUAGCCUUGCCUAUUAUACAAAUUGGUGCUGUUUAGUAAUGUUAUGUAAUAAAAACCCAGUGGAUCGUCUUUUAUAUUUAGGCUGAAGGAAUGGGAACAGUUCCUCCAACAUAAAAGGAGCAUCCGUCUCCAGUCUUACCAGUGUCUGGUCCGAAGGCCCCAGUGUCUUUUUUAGAAUCUCGCUGUUAUCCAUUAGGGCCUUGACCGAAUGGGCGUUUUGGCGCGACUUCUUCAAGGGCGUCUCCUGCGAGACUCAGACCUCGGCUUAGGCCAUCGCGGAAUGGUCAAUCGCCUGACGGACAGGUCGGAAGCUUUACCUUUACCAAGGCGGUAUUUUACCCUGAUGUGAUUGGGUCGAGAAGUAUAUAUGCUCGGCGGGAAAUACUUUGAUAGUGCGUUUUAGAGUAUGACGUCAUCGCAGUAAUUGUAGCUAUAGAAUGUAGGUGUCGCUACAAUUCUUAUUUUAAAGGUUAAUUGAGUAUUUACAAAUGCAUUUUAUAUAAAAUGAGUCUUGAUUUGACGUAAAUAAGUUCACAGGGUUUUUGUUACAGAUUACAAAAUAUGAUUAAUGUAUGUAAUUGUUUUUGUAUAUUAAAUUGCAUAUAAAUAAACUAUGAUGCGUU